AUGGAUCGAAUCUCUCAGUUACCUGACCCUAUUUUGCAGCACAUACUCUUCUUCCUACCUCCAAAAGAUGCAGCUCAAACUAGUGUGCUCUCUAAGACCUGGCUGAAAGUGUGGAAUUUGCUUCCUGUAUUUACAUUUGAUUUUGACCAAAACCUUUCCAUACGGGAACUCUUGUCGACAGAAAAAGAGGGAACGAAACAAGCUGAUGUAAGGGAUGCUUUCCUACGUAUUAUAGAAGGCUCAUUGAUCAACCUCCGCAUCCAAAAGGCAAUAAUAGAGAAAUUCAGGCUUUCUCUUAAACUUUCGGAUCUAAAAAGUGCCUCUUGCAUUGACGAAUGGAUAGGAUUGGCCACCAACAACUGCAUCAAAGAAUUAGACUUUCAUCUAGUCGUUCUAAGAUUGGGAGGCUUUAAGCUCGAGUGGCCUCUAUUUAUUGAUCAUAUAAAGCUUACUAAAUUGAGGGAGCUGUCUCUUACUGAUGUUGCUUUGGAGGAGCGGAUAAUCUUGGAAAUUUUCUCUGCUUGUCCUGCGGUAGAAGAUUUAAGUCUUAUCAGGUGUCGGGGAGUAAAACAUCUAUUGAUAUCUGAUCUCCCGAAUCUUCUGAAGCUUACCUUGCAUCAAGCGAAUGAGAUAACAUAUACAAGUAUUCUGAUUCAAGCUGUUAACCUUCAAAGUCUGUAUUACAGAGGAUAUAACGGCGAGUUAAAUUUUGACGUGGCUGUUUUUAAACUUCUGAAAGAAUUGAGCAUAACAUAUGAGCAGAUUACCGACCAAAUGGUAGAAAAUCUUGUUUCUGACCUACCCAUUCUUGAGAAAUUAGAAUUGAACUUUUGUUUUAAGUUGACGAGGCUUAAAUUUUCGAGUUGUGUGCUUAGGCAGUUGACAUUCUGUUCUCACAAGAGUCUGAUGGAAGUUGAGAUAGACACCCCAAAGCUGCUCCGUUUUGAAUAUGGAGCUCCUAAAUUGCCUGUCAUAUUCUCUUUGACAAGAUCUUCUUUACAGGAAUCUUAUCUCAAAUUAACACCCAAUGAUCAUCUCAACACAAGUUGGUUUCAAAAUUUGAGGGCAUAUCUAUCUAGAUUCGAACAACUGAAUGUACUAGUUUUGUCUAUAAAUUCAACGAAUAUUACAUUUAUUGCGGAAGAACUGAAUGGAACAUCAUCCUGCCCGUUAUCUGUUGUCAAGCAUUUGAAGAUACAGCAAGUUAUGCAAUCUCUAAAUUUCGAAACUCUGUUAGAUAGUUUGCUUUGGACCUGUCAUCCAGAGACUUUAUCAGUUGACAGAACCUGGGAGCACAAUGAAGAAUUUAUACAGUUCUUAAGGGAGAAACUAAUUGAAAGAGAGAUUGUCCCUCCCUGCUGUGACUCUAGAUGCAUCAAAUGUUGGAGGCACUAUCUUAAAAAAGUUGAAGUUGAGAGCUCUACUAGACAGUAUGGGAAUCCUUCUUCUCCACGGCAAGUCUCAACCAUUUGUUUCUAACUGAGAUGGUAGAACGCUGACGCUAUAAGUUUGUUGGUCUUAGGCUGAAAAUUAAUCUUAUCUGGCUUGAUUUGCUUAUUUUUCACCACUUUAUUUUCUCUCUUUUUGCCUCUUAUUGCUUAACCAGAUUAUUCCUAGAUCAUCUAAGUACUAUUGUGGGGUGUCAGUGAGUAAAACAUCUUUUGAUAUCUGUAUCUUCCCCAACUUAAUAGGCUUAUUUUAUGUCAAGGAAAUGAGAAACACCAGCCAGAGGUAUAGAAGAUUCAGAUAAAAGCAAUUAUCCUCAAGUCUAUAAAUCAAAUGAAGUAAGAAGCAAGUUAAAUUUGAUGUUACUGCUUUCAAACUUCUGAAAGGAUUGAGCAUAACCUGUUGCAGUUUGCUGAUCCAUCGAAUGUUAGAAAUCUUCUUUCUAAACUACCCUUCUUGAGAAUGUAGAAUUGAAAUCUUGUUUUAAGUUGAUAGGAU